UUAUACAGGUUAGUCAUGCAUUUGUUGAGAUGAUAUAUAAGCAUGGAUUUGUGCACUGUGACCCUAAUGCUGCAAACUUGCUUGUCCGUCCCUUACCUUCUAAUAGAAGGAGCAUCUUUGGCAAGAGGAAGCCACAGUUGGUACUUUUGGACCAUGGGCUGUAUAAAGAUCUUGACUUCAACAUAAGAUUUAUCUAUGCUGCCCUUUGGAAGGCUUUAAUAUUUUCUGAUGCUGAAGCAAUAAAGGAAACCAGUAAGAAAUUGGGUGUUAGGGAAGAUCUUUAUGCAUUGUUUGUUGGAAUUCUUACUAUGAAACCUUGGAAUCGAGUCAUUGACCCAACAAUUGACCAUUUAGUCAUUCAAGGAACUGAAAAUGAACGUUCAGAAUUACAGGAAGAUCAAAAGAUGGCUACACGGUUGACGAAUACAAUGUCCAACUCGCUAAAAGGGAGGCCUGUUUAG